UGGCAGUCUAAUAAAGUGACAAAACAAAUACAGCUUAGUAAACAAAAACCACGUGGACAAUCUGGAAGUCACCUGACAGAACCAGGAAGUGUUCGCGAAAGGGACCAGUCAGACUUAAAUACAGACAUGGUGUCUCUGAUCUGCACCUUACAAAGUCAUCGAGAUGAUGUGAACUGCUGCGCGUUCUCGGGCUCUCUGCUGGCCACCUGCUCCGCUGAUAAGAGCAUCUGUGUUUACUCCGCACGAGACUUCAGCGAGCUGUCCUUCUCCCCGCUGUCCGGACACAGUUACGGGGUGCACUGCUGCUGCUUCAGCGCCUGCGGCAGGUAUCUGGCCUCCUGCUCCACCGAUGCCACCACCGUGGUGUGGUCCAUGGACACCGGAGAGACCGAGGCUGUCCUAGAGCAUCCGGGCCGGAGUCCGGUGAGGGUGUGCGCCUUCUCUCCAGACUCAUCUUUGUUGGUGUCUGGAGGCUCUGAUGGGACCAUCGCACUGUGGGACUUUACCUCCAGGACCCUGCGCAGGACGGGCACAGUGACUGACACCAGUAUAGUGGCCUGCUCUUUCACUCCCUGCGGUCAGUUCUUCAUCACUGGCUCCACAUAUGGUGACCUGCGGCUGUGGGACCUGAAUAUGAACCAUCUCCAUGCGGAGAAGAACGCCCAUGACCUGGGGGUCUCCUGCUGUCAGUUUGCUCCCCAGAUAAUGAAGGGCACAGAUGGCUGCUUUCAGUUUUGGCUGGCCUCGUGUGGACAGGACAGUCUUGUGAAGAUAUGGAUCGUCUCUCUUUUGUCUCCUGCAGGCAUUAAGAUGCAGCUCGCACACACUCUGACGGGUCAGUCUGCUCCAGUUCUGUCCUGUGCUUUCUCUGCUGAUGGACAGAUGUUGGUGUCAGGAUCGGUGGAUAAGACCGUGACUGUGUAUCAAGCUAAUGAAGGUGUCUUACUCCACACACUUAACCAGCAUGACAGGUAUGUGACGGCCUGUGCCUUCUCCCCCACGGCCCCUCUAAUCGCCACCGGCUCCAUGGACAAAACUGUCAAUAUCUGGAGGGUAGAGGACGGCAGCGGAGCUCAGGGCAAAUCUCUUCCUGAUGAAGCUGCUUCGGUUUCAAGCAGUGGAGGCAGGAAGUGGAGUGGACGCUCCAGACUGAUGGUGAGCGAGUGGUCUGAGGAGGAUGUGUUGGCAUGGUUACGGGAGGAGGGACUAGAGGCUGUGAUUGACGUGUUUAAAUCCAAUAACAUCGAUGGAGGGGAGCUGCUCUCUCUCACCAAGGAAACCCUCAGCUCUGAGCUGCACAUUGAGUCUCUGGGCCUGCGGAGUAAAGUCAUGAAGAAGAUUGAGGAGUUAAAAAUGGCUCCUGUCUCUAAUGGCACUCCUGACGAGUACCUCUGUCCAAUCACACGCGAGGUCAUGAAGGACCCAGUGAUCGCCGCCGACGGCUACUCGUAUGAACGGGAGGCUAUUGAGAGCUGGAUCAACACGAAGAACCGCACCAGCCCUAUGACCAACCUACCCCUGCAGACCACUCUUCUGACACCCAACCGCACGCUCAAAAUGGCCAUUUUACGAUGGACCGCUUGUCAGUGAUUUCAGAUAAUAAUGAGCCCAGAACAGAAGUCUUUCUAGGACUGGAUCACAUUAGCACGCUGUACAUUUUAGCGCUUUAGCUUUUAACAGACUAUAGUGAUGUCUCAGCUCUUGACUUGAGCUCAGGUUCAGCCUUAAUCCUGAAAGUGAGAGAGGUUUUCCAUUAGAUGUGAUGGGAGCUUCAUGCGAUCCUCCAUCCACAAAGUGACGAUCAUUAUGUCACAGGAAGACUGAAGAGCAGGUGGUCCAGAAUCAGGCUAAAACUACUAAAUGCAUCUCCAGCAUAGUACAGCAAAGUGUUGAGUGGCCUUAAACAUCAUAAUAAAUGUUUAUCAUCCCC